AUGCGGCGAUUCCCGGCGUCGUUCUGCGAGUCCACUCCAGCGGCUGGUGACCGCUGCGACUUCCAAUCGGAUCGUCGUGUCUUCGCAAGCCAGGCCAUGGUAAAUGUUCACGAGCGGAUUGCUUCGACGGUUGGUGUUCGGGAGGACCAGGUGGAGGAAGCCUGGCUCUUCAACUGGGACAAGUCCCGUCGAGGGCAAGAUCUUCACAUGGAUACGUACCAUCAUUUCCAGUUCCCGGUGCGCGUCGCAACGGUGCUAGUCAGGUUGCGGGACGACCCUGUGGGCGUGGCUUUCCCUUUGGCAAAAUGGCCUGCAGCGCAUGCGCUUGCCGAGGAUGAGACUCUCAUAGAGAAGCUGUCGCAUGAGGGAAACGAGCUGCCGUGGCGUGGCAGCGGGACGGGACGAAAUUUCAAGUCCUUGGGCUUUUUGGACGAAGCUUUGGCGGAGGUGUGUCGCAAGGCUCCCUUGCGGCUCCGCCAGAAAACUCAAGGGGCAGAGGGGGACGCCCUUCUCUACUACCACCUGCUGGGUGACAGCAAGGUCAACAUGCGCUCAAUUCAUGCGUCCUGCACCACCGAGAGUGCCGAUACUCCGAAGAUCUUCAUGGCCAAGUUCGUGCGUGGUGGCUCCUUGCUAGGCCCGUAUGGCUCGCUGCGAACACCUCCGGUGCCGUCAGAGUUGCGAUGGACUGGCGGCAAGAGCGCAGUGGUUUGGACACAGCUGCCGUGUGGAUCGACGGGGCAGACCAUGGCCUGCCGGGCCCCUGGCCCUUCCGAGUCAUCGGGGCACCGGCAAGACACGACCACGGCCACCCUUUGCAAAGGCUGGAUCCCAGUGCUUGCCGGCAGCGUCUCGGCAGAGUAUGGCCGUCGCGAAGAUCGGAAUGUGUGUUCUGGAAGUCUGGAAGGCACAAGCAGCCCUGGUUUGUUCGACCGGCCAGCAUCGCUGGCGGUCCACCAGCUCUGUCCUGCGGAGUCACAGCCUCAGCGAGAGCAGAUUUUGCGCUGGGUUUUCGCGAGUGGCCACGUGCCUGGGUCUCGCGAGGAGCCAGCGGAGACAGAGCCCAACGCUCAGCAGCUCACUGGCGCUCACUGGUAUGUCCAGCGAAGGCCAGGAGAAGACUUCGAGGUUCACGUCGUCAUAGCUAACACUGGCAGCAGACCCUGGCCACCCGGAACCGUGCUGUCGUUGCGCGACGGGCACACCAUGGGAGGCCCUGCUGGUCUCCGACUGCAGGAGGUGCCUGUGGGCAGUACCUUGCGAAUAGCUCUCCCACUGCGUGCUCCUGAAGAGCCGGGCGCAAAGGCAUAUAGCAUCUGGAGCCUCGCCGACGGGGAGCGGGUGCCCUUCGGGGCGUUGCUCUGGAUAGAUGCUGCAGUGGUUGGAAACGAAGAGGACAUCUCGGUGGUGCCUGAUGACAGUAAGAGACUUGACCUUGAAAGCUCUCCCACAGCGGGCAUAACUGGUGCAGGCCCGGCUGUUGGGCCGCUGGGAGCGAAGCUCCACGAGGAUGCAGCUCGCGAGGAGGCAGAGGAAGCGUGCCACGAGCAGUUCUGGACAGAUCCGAUAUUCCAAGAGCUUUCCAGUCAGACUGCGUCAUUGCCUUCGGUGGUGGCGCCGGACAGGGGUAACCCCAGGCUAUGCUGGUCGUUGGGGCAUCGUUUCUGGUUUGGCGAGCUCUCCUUCCACCAUGUGGCGCCGCCAAAGACAUUUGUCUUCGGCUUUUGCCUUCCGCGAAGUUGCUCGAGCGAUCGCAGAAGCGAGGUUGACGCCAAGAUUGCAAAGCCCUUCCUGCGGAGACUCUUCGCCUCUUCCAGUGGGCCUGGCUUGCAUUGCUUCCGUCGUGGGGCCCAGAUCACGAGAGACGGCAAAAUCAUGAUGGCAGAUGCGGUCGCUGUGGUCAGGCCGAUGCUGGCAGGGCCGCGCUUCUUCUUCGCGGGGGGUGGGACAGUUGGAAGCUGCAGACUCUUGGCCAAAGGCUUGGGAGGAAGUGGCUACGGCUCGCACCAGCAGGCCUCAGCUCGCGAGCACUACUUUGUGGCGGACUUCGAAGGCGUGGUAGCGGAGUCCCUGACCUGUGGUGAUCUGCUGGGUAUCCAGCCACGGCUGGAUGACCGCCUUUGCAGUUGGACAGCCGAGGAGGCCAGGCCCUCUGUGACCUGUGGCAGCGCGGGCUCGACGCUGUUCGCACCUCAGCUGGUCGAUGUGCAAGUUCGUUCGGCGUUCCCUCCAUUGGACUUCGCUGGCUCCUUCGUGGAGCAGGACAUGGUGAGGUCUGCAGCGCUGGUCCUGCUGCUGUCAGGCGUGGGCAUUCGAGAUCUGCCAGUGCACAGCUGUGUCUGGCUAGGGCUCCUUGCUUGGUUCUUCGUGGUGACGAGGAGCAAAGCAGAGGCACAAUUCCUGCCCCCCAGCCGCAUCAAGAUCUCACGGCUGAGGCCCGGCGACAGCGUCCCGGGCUCGGAAGCGAGGCACACAUUGAUUCAGGUUGGAGUGUCUGUGGCCGGGAUUGCAGUUGCAGUCGGCUUCCUUCGGCCGAACCACGCCGAGUUUUCCUGGGAUCUCUUCCUGCCCGUGCCCACAGUUGUCUUGCUGGGCUCCUUCUGCUUGUCGGGGCUGCUCUACCUCUACGUCCGCAGUUUGGAGGUAUUGGUUGUUAGCACGGCGCGCUUCGGCUGGGCGGCGUGCACCGCUGCAGCCAGGCGAAGACCGGAAAAUUGA